ACUUUUAUUUUGGCGGCUGAGCAGAUCUGUCUGUCUGGGUUUCACCCAUCACAUCUUCAUCGUAUUCGGAUAAAAAUCAUCACCGUUUUCUGUCACCUCCGAGAUUGUCAUCGUCUGUUUCCCGAUUCGGGACAAAUAUCUACAUCUUUACCGUCGUGUGACCCACUGUUUAUAUCUCAGCAGCAGCAAUGGACAAAAACUCGACAACGUGUUCAUUUGACACACAGGGCUACAGUUCAACUUUUAGGACAAAACGGACGGUGGAAGACUUCAACAAGUUUUGUACAUUCGUGCUUGCAUAUGCCGGUUAUAUCCCAUAUCCACAAGAGGAGGCGCACUUGAGAAACAGCUCCAGCCCUCCGAACAGCACCGGCAGCACUGCGGACAGCGAUGGGUGGGAGAAUCAGAGACUGGGCUGCGGUCUUUCUUCUUCGGACGAACACCAAAACAAGAACCGCAAGAGCUUUGCUGGAUUCAAGAGACCUUCGAGCGAGGACUUUGAGCCACAGAGGCGUCCCAAGUCAGCCGGUCUUCUCCUGGAGGGACGAAAGAAAGCAGACAAGGUGAAAAAGAAGAAGAAACAGCAGCUGAGGAAGGUUUAUGGUGAUGAAUUCGGAUCUUUCACUCCAUCUCCCUUCAGCGCUCAAGGUGAGCUUUCAGAUCUCGGAUGUACCAUCAAGGAAGAACCGGAAGAUUACUUCAGCAUUCCCGUGCCUACCGUAGGCAUGGGCACGGACCAACCAGCACGUUUAUCUCCUGCUUUGUGCUCUCCGACAUGCAAAGAGGAGCCUGAAGCUCCAUGUUGGGACAGUUAUAAAAGCUCUGCUCCAAAUUCAACAUCGGAGGAACCAGAAAAACCAGCACAACCCAAAGGAGAAGCCAUAGUUUUAAAGCUCGAGGGAUCAUCCGGCAAAAGGACUGUGAUCCGCCAGGGAAAACAGGUGGUGUUUCGAGAUGAAGAUGGAUCGGGGGACGAUGAGGACAUCAUGGUUGACUCAGAUGAUGACUCCUGGGACCUCGUGACGUGUUUCUGCAUGAAGCCGUUCGCAGGAAGGGCGAUGAUCGAGUGCAACCAGUGCAACACCUGGAUCCACCUCUCGUGUGCCAAAAUUCGCAAGUCCAACGUCCCCGAGACGUACAUCUGCCAGAGGUGCAGGGACUCAAAGUUUGACAUUCGACGCUCCAAUCGCUCACGCGUGGGCUCUCGAAAACGUCUUCUCGACUGAUACCACUCCCGCCCCUCCAAACUUGUUGCAUCAAGAGUAUGAAAGCGGAAGGGCUAUGUGACGUUCCUCUUGUCACGUUUUUCUGUUCCUGUUUUUAAUCAUUUUCGCCUUUAUAGAUGUUUGCGUCAGGCAAUCAAUACACUGAUGAUGCAUUAAAGACUUCCGCUUAUUUUAGACUGUAGACGUCCUGAAGGUAUUACAUGAUAGAAGGUCUUCUGGAAUAAAGGGAUUUGGGCGUCGAAUUGCACUUUUUUAUGAACAAUUGGGUAACCCCUUUGUGUACCCAUAGUUUCAAAUGUAUGUCAGAGUAUGUAUAUUAUAUAAGAUAACCAUAAGAUAUUAGUGUUUAAGGUGUUGAGACUCAUUAUUGGUCUUCUUCACAGGAAGUGUAUGAGGUUAAGAGAGCGACAUGUUGGAUAUUGUUGAUGUUUUAAUGAACAGUCACUGAUAUUUUGCAGUGAAACGUCUGAAGCGGUUCAUGCUACAUUGUGCUAUUUCUGGAUUUUAUUUUUAUUUUUUAAAGAACACAGCAACAAAUUAAGGAUCACACAAAGAUGCUAUGUAAAAUGUCUGCCUUUUGAACAAGAUACUGUUACCUUUGACUCGUAUUUUACGAUGUUGUGUACAAUGUUUUUGCCAUUCUAUUUCUCACAUUUUUUCAGGCAAUUUUAUUUUAAAAUGCAUAAAUUGCAUCAUAACAUGUUUGGAAAUGGAUAUCGGUUACAGCUGUUAGUUUAGGGAGGGGUGGAUUUAACAAACAAACAAAAAAUAUUUGUUACAGGCUUACAUUUCAUUUCAAAAUCAAACUGGAAAAACUAAAUCACUGAAAGAAUAUGAAGAUGACUUUUAGGAUGUUUAGUUUUGUUGUUUACACUGCAAAAAAUUAUUUUCAAGAAAAAAUAGUAUUUUUGUCUUGUU